CGGACAGUCCUCUGCCAGUCGCCGCCGGGCGCACACACUGUGCCACACAGUGUGCCACACACCACUCAGCCGCGAGCUUCCGCCACCAGCGGCUUUCCGCGCGGCGACUCGACUUUCCGCGCGGCGGCUUCCAGUGUACCGGCGGCUUGCGGUGCGCGGCCGACCGGCAUGAUCGCGUCGCCAGAGAACGCGGUGAACACCAAGACGGACUCCCGCCGGAGUGGCACCGGACUGACACCAGUGGCGGGCCCCUGUCCGCCCACAGCAUAAAUUCGGGAAAAGGACGCAAGGCCUGCAGGCCCCUCCAAGAUGCCCCCGCCGCCCGUGUUCCCGGAGGGCAUGGGGCCCCCCGACGGCGGCUACGGCUGGGUCGUGGCGGCGGCGUACGCGCUCAACAACAUCAUCAUCAUACCGAUUAUACAAAACUUCGGACUCGUCUUCAGGGACCUGUUCUCGCAGCUGGACAUCGGCGGGACGGACACCGCCAUCAUCAUGAAUCUAAACAACGCGUUCGGCUUGGCUCUGGGCCUCUUUAAUGGCCCCAUCUUACGCAGGUUCAGCUACCGCAAGGUGGCCCUGUGCGGCUCCCUGCUCGUGUUCGUCGGCGUGGUGCUCACGUCCUUCGCGCGCUCCUUCGCCGAGUUCAUCAUCGCCUACGGCAUCAUCAUGUCCGCUGGAUACAACCUGACCAUGGCGUCGUUCGCGUACGCCAUCAACAUGUACUUCACGACGCGCCGCAGCAUGGCCAUGGGCUUCGCCAUGACGGUGACGGGGCUGGGCCCCGUGUUCAUGCCGCUACUCAUCAGCCUCGCCAUGAAGGAGUACGGCGCGCGCGCCACGGCGCUGCUGCUGGGCGCGCUGUCGCUGCACUCGGCCGUCGGCGCCCUGCUGCUGCACCCCGUGCGCUGGCACCUCGUCAAGACCGCGGACAAGGACGACGAGAAGAAGACCAAGAGCCAGGAGCUGGUGGACAUGGCGCCCACCGUGGCGCUCGAGCCGCUGGAGGAGAACUCGGAGGGCGAGGCGGCGGAGCAGAAGGGGAUGAACGGGCAGGCCAACGCCGGCAAGGUCGCGCCCAAGGCCAAGCAGGAGGACGAGGACGGCGACGAGGACGCCGACACCAGGGCGCCCAUGCUGGGGCACCGGCGGCACUCGGUCGCGAGCCACAGGUCAGGGGUGGCGGUCCUGUCCCGCACCACCAGCACGGAGCCGGGCAACGGGCCCAACGGGCCGUCCCUCUGGGCGUCCAUGGCUUCCAUCCACAGCGACGCGCUCAGCGGCAGCGUCAUGGCGCUCAACGUGGAGCCUCUGGAGGACCAGCGGGACCAGCACAAGCUCAACAACGGCCACAAGGCGGAGGCGCGCAACGGCAGCACCAAGGCCGUGGACAAGGAUGACGUCACCAAGGCCAAGGCCGCGGCGCCGGCGUGGCGGCGGUGGCUGCGGGCCGUGGCCGAGUUCUUCGACCUGGACCUGCUGCGCGACCCCGUGUACGUCAACAUCAUGCUGGGGCUGUCCUUCGCCGUGUUCGCCGAGAUCAACUUCUCCCUGCUGACGCCCUUCAUCCUGGGCGACCGCCACUUCGACACGCAGGAGAUCGCCACCCUGGUGUCCAUGAUCGCCGUGGCCGACAUCAUCUUCCGCUUCCUGGCGCCCUUCAUCAAGAAGCUGUUCAAGCAGCCCGUCAGGGUCAUGUACAUGAUCGGGCUCUCGCUGCUCAUCGCCACGAGGACGGUGCUCAUCUUCUGCUACUCGUACGAGUCGCUGAUCGGCGUGAUGGUGGCGCUAGGCGUGGCCAAGGGGCUGCGCACCGUGUACUGGGUGCUCGUCAUCCCGGACUACGUGCCCAUCGAGCGCCUGCCCUCCGCCAACGGGCUGCAGUCCGUCACCAACGGCCUCAUCUUCAUGGCCCUGGGGCCCUUCGUCGGUGUGAUCCGCGACAAGCUCGGCGACUACAACUACGUCAUCAUGGCCAUCAACUCGCUGACGGCGCUCACCAUCUGCAUGUGGAGCACCGAGAUCGGCGUGACGGCCAUGCGGCGCCGGCGGCGCGCCCUGCAGGACGACGUGGACGUGGAGAAGAAGGCCGUCAAGUCGUAGCGCCCAGCACCUUCGCCCGAUGAAGGGCAGUGUGCUGGACGCACGCGGAGAGAGGCGCCCCGGGCCGCGCCGCCACGCCGCCACGCCGGGCAAGGCUCUCUGUUUGAAAGCAGGACAUGACGCACUUGGGAAGAGAAUCAGUUUUCGGCCGGAGUUCAGAACGGAUCCCCGAGAACCAAAAAAUUAGUCACGUCAAGUAAAUGACGUGAAAAUGACACCCUUUCUGCUGAAAUUUGUCAUGUUCUUGGGGAUGUGAAGUAUUUCUUCGCUGUUGACGAGUUCGUUCCAAAAGGUGCUUAUUUUUUAUUCGCCAAAAGCCAGUAAUGCGACUGUGAUUACGCUGUGAGGGCUGGCAGUUCGCCAAAUUUAGGUGACUUUCCUUGCCUUCAUCCAGUGCUCAGUAACCAAAAAAGAGAAAUUUACUACUUACUUUUAACUCAAAAACAACAGGUAAAGUCGACGGUUGCGCAGGGUUUCAAUUAUGCAAUGUUGUUGUUGUUUUUUUUAAAGAGAGGUAUGGUCAAUAUUUUUUUGGUCUACCCAUCAUCAUGUGCCACAUACUCAUCUAUUUUUUUGACAUCGAAGAUGUUUGUACAUAUGUAAAGUAUUUAAUAAACGGUCGAAAAAAAAUA